AGGAAACUGUUUCGCCCAGUCCACAGUCGAUAUCUUGUGAAUCUUUCCAGGUCGAUGAUGAAGAAGUUCUUGUCGAGUUCGUCUUCAUGCCGAUUUCAGCCGCACAAGCAAAAUUGACGUCAUAAUGAUAUGCCGAGUCCUUGUGUCCGAAGAAGAGGAGCAAAGCACGUAUAUCAAUCGUCAGUACCCAGUAUCAAACGGUCAAUUGCCGAAUCUCACAAUUUCAUGCCUCUGCUGUAACUGAUUUACCUCUUUCGUUUUCUUUUUGUUUUUUAGACUGUUAGAACAUCACAAAAGUUCGACAAUACUUUGAUUCUUCGUUGACUCCGCCGUGUCAGUUGCAUUCGCUUUUGGGUUAACGAACAUAGCAGUCGGAAAAUGUCCUCUCAACCGCGCGAUCAGGAUGAAUUUCUCAGUGGAGCGGAACGAGGUGAUCCAAUGGAGAUGCUUCCACCCGAGCUUCAAAGAGAGCGUCAGAGGCUAGAAAAGAUCUUCACUGUAGACACAGCUAUGUUGAAGAAGAUCACCAAAAGGUUCGGCGAGGAGCUUGAGGACGGCCUCAAGAAAGAGCGACAGAAUAUACCUAUGAACAUCACUUGGGUUACUUCUCUGCCUACAGGCAAAGAGAGUGGCACUUACCUUGCGUUAGACCUGGGAGGCACCAACCUUCGUGUCUGCCUUGUAACUCUGAAUGGACAGGGCGAUGCAGAGGUGACACAAGAGAAGUAUCACUUACCGUCAGAGAUCAAGACUGGCACUUCUGAACAGCUCUGGGAUUUUGUCGCCGAUUCCCUGCAGAAGUUUGUCGAACAGCACCAGCCAGAGUCCCAGAACCGUUCCGAACCCCUACCGCUUGGUUUUACAUUCAGCUAUCCAGCAACUCAAGAUAGAAUUGACCAUGGCCGUUUACAAACGUGGACGAAAGGUUGGGAUAUUGAUGGCGUGGAGGGCCAGAACGUGGCGGCAAUGUUGGAGGAUGCGAUAGCGAGAAGGAAACUACCUAUAAAACUGGUCACUUUAGUCAAUGACACAACCGGUGCGCUGAUCGCGAGCAUGUACAAAGAUAAAGAUACUAUUAUCGGCGCUAUUUUUGGAACUGGUUGUAACGCAGCCUACAUGGAGAGCAGAAAGAACAUAUCGAAACUGAACAUAAGUGACGAGGAAAAAUCGAAAUACGGCACAGGCGGUGAGGACGAUCUGAUGGCUAUCAACUGCGAGUAUGGGGCCUUUGACAACUCCCAUACCGUCCUUCCUCGAACGAUCUUUGACGAGAGGGUCGACGAAGAGUCACCCCGACCCGGUGAGCAGACAUUCGAGAAGAUGUCCGCUGGAUUGUAUCUGGGCGAGAUCUUCCGACAGGCAAUCCUGGACAUGUGGAAACAAGGAGUCCUGUUCAAAUCAGAGCAAAGGUCGGAUCAGGGACAGACUGCCGAUGACGCAGAGAAGAAGAGGAGGAGUAUCGGCGAACCCUACACCAUUGACACAGAGUUCCUUUCAGCGAUUGAAAAUGACGACUCGGAGGAGCUGAUUGAAUCGAGGAAGCUGUUUGCAGCACAACUGUGCCUUCCAGGCUCGGAGUCCAAAACUUUGUGCCCGACUUUUGAAGAGUUGCUGCUCCUGCGACACUUGGCUCAACUGAUUGCCAUUCGAGGUGCGAGGCUCUGCGCAUGCGGUGUGUCAGCAAUAUGUCAAAGAUUGGGUACGAAGAGCGGACAUGUUGCUGCAGACGGCUCUGUUGCCAUCAAGCAUCCCCAUUUCCGGAGACGAUGGGAGAUGGCCGUGGCCGAGGUCCUCGACUCGGAGCCAGGUCAAAUAAAGCUGACUAGUGCAGAGGACGGGAGUGGUAUCGGGGCAGCUGUAAUCACGGCGCUGAGGAUGGCGAAGUAGUAGGGAUGAACCACACAUGCCUGGGCCGCAGGAGCUUUAUGGAAGGGAUCAUAUGGACGUGAAGAGGUUGUUGAGCGAAGUACCUUAUCUGCAAUGGAGCGGCUGUACAUAUCAAAAAAGACAUUCAUGAU